GACUCGGGCCUCCCUUGGACAGCAGUGGGGAUGCUCAAGUGAGACAGUGGUGUGUGUCCCCAGCCCUGGUUCUACACAGGCUGCUCGGCAGAUGCUGCUCUUGCUGAUGUCCUUUUCCUCGUGUGAAUGGAAGCUACGGCCACUGCACCCCGGGCUCAGAGAAGAGCCUGCUGGACCUGGACCUUGCUGAGGGCCCUGGCCCCACCUGCUGCCAGGGCCUGUUUCUCCCUGCAGGAAGCCCGCCACCUCGGGCUCACCCCCAAGCUUGUGAGAGGCUGCUGCAUUUUCCCCACCCUAACAGGUCGCCCAGACCCCAGGCCACCUAUGUGAACGGCAGCCUCCCAACCACACAACACAUCAAACAGGAGUCGCUGCCCAACUACCAAGCCAUGGCAGAGGCCCGCACGUCCCUGUCUGCCCACUGUCGGGCCCCGCCGGCCACUUGCCUGCACCCAGACCUGGACCUCCCGGGCCGAAGCCUCACCACCCCUGCGCCUUCCUGCUACCUUCUGGGCAGCGAACCCAGCUCUGGCCCUGGCCCCCAGCCCGAGGCCCACCUCCCUGAGGGCAGCCUGAAGCGCUGCUGCCUCUUGGGCCUACCCCCCACCUCCCCAGCCUCCUCCUCACCCUGUGCCUCCUCCGACGUCACCUCCAUCAUCCGCUCCUCCCAGAUGUCUCUGGUCACCUGUGUAAAUGGACUCCGGAGCCCCCCUCUGGCGGGAGACCCCGGGGGCCCUUCCAAGCGGACCCGGCCUGGCCCUGCAUCGACGGACAGCCAUGAGGGCAGCUUGCAACUUGAAGCCUGCCGGAAGGCGAGCUUCCUGAAGCAGGAACCCGCGGAUGAGUUUUCAGAGCUCUUUGGGCCUCACCAGCAGGACCUGCCGCCCCCCUAUCCCCUGUCUCAGUUGCCGCCUGGCCCGAGCCUUGGAGGCCUGGGGCUGGGCCUGGCGGGCAGGGUAGUGGCCGGGCAGCAGGCGUGCCGCUGGGUGGACUGCUGUGCAGCCUAUGAGCAGCAGGAGGAGCUGGUGCGGCACAUCGAGAAGAGCCACAUCGACCAGCGCAAGGGCGAGGACUUCACCUGCUUCUGGGCUGGCUGUGUGCGCCGCUACAAGCCCUUCAACGCCCGCUACAAGCUGCUCAUCCACAUGCGGGUGCACUCGGGCGAGAAGCCCAACAAAUGCAUGUUUGAAGGCUGCAGCAAGGCCUUCUCACGGCUGGAGAACCUCAAGAUACACCUGAGGAGCCACACAGGGGAGAAGCCGUACCUGUGCCAGCACCCGGGCUGCCAGAAGGCCUUCAGCAACUCCAGCGACCGCGCCAAGCACCAGCGCACCCACCUAGACACGCUGCACGCAGGCCCUGACGCGGAGGCCGACGUCCUGACCGAGUGUCUGGCCCUGCAGCAGCUCCACGCGUCCACACAGCUGGCUGCCAGCGACGGCAAGGGUGGCUGUGGCCUGGGCCAGGAGCUGCUCCCAGGUGUGUAUCCUGGCUCCAUCACCCCCCAUAAUGGACUUGCAUCAGGCCUCCUGCCCCCAGCGCACGAUGUACCUUCUAGGCACCACCCACUGGAUGCCACCACCAGUUCCCACCACCAUCUGUCCCCUCUGCCCAUGGCUGAGGGCACCCGGGAUGGGUUGGGGCCCGGCCUCCUCUCACCCAUAGUCAGCCCCCCGAAGGGGCUCGGGCCACCGCCGUUGCCCUCGUCCUCUCAGAGCCAUUCUCCUGGGGGCCAGCCCUUCUCCACACUCCCCAGCAAGCCGUCCUACCCACCCUUCCAGAGCCCUCCACCCCCGCCUCUGCCCAGCCCACAAGGUUACCAGGGCAGUUUCCACUCCAUCCAGAGUUGCUUCCCCUAUGGUGACUGCUACCGGAUGGCCGAACCAGCAGCCGGCGGGGACGGACUGGUCGGGGAGACCCAUGGUUUCAACCCCCUGCGGCCCAAUGGCUACCACAGCCUUAGCACGCCCUUGCCUGCCACAGGUGAGCCCUGCCUGCGUGGCUCCUGGUCCUGGGCACCUGCCAAGGCUCAGCCCUGUGCUGGGUGCUGCAUACACACUGUCCUGCAGUCUUUGGAUGCUUCUGUGGUGGGGCCAUCCCCACUUUACAGAGGGGGAAGUACAGGCUCAGAGAGGUCCCAGGACCCCGCAGAACUGUCUGUACCUGUCUGACUGGAAAGUGCAUGCUCCUUCCACAGCUUUGCGAGCCUUAUGUGUGUCUAAUGCUGACAGGUUUCUGAAGAAUCGGACUGGGAGCUCAUGGUUUAAUUACUGCUCCUCUUUAUUUACUGAGCACCUACUGUGUGCCAGGCAUAGCUGCAGACCCUGGGGAUGUAGCAGGGAAUGAACAAAUCCUGGUCUCCCUUUGGCAGCAGAGGAAACUAGGUGGGGGCAGAGCCUAGACGUUGUGCUGUUCCUUCCCUGCAUUGGUACCUGGUGCUGCCCUGCAGGGCCCUGGGCCUCCCCAGCUCUGCCCCAGGCUUGGCUAGGGAAGCCCGGGGAGGGGGAGGGUGCCCACAGCCCAGGCGGAACCGGGCUCAGAUCAGCGGGGCAGGCCUAGUCAGAGCAGGGGCAUCAGAAGGGAGGGGCUAGGCCCUCCCUGAAUUCCUGGAGCUGAGACCCACCCUCAAAACAGCCUUGGGGCCCGGGUCUAACAGGUUUCCGGGGCUCCAACAAAGGGGAACCUGAGACCCCCCGCAAGAGGCGGGUCAGCUUUUGGGGCAGCUUUGAUUGCGUAAGCGUGAGCAGGAGGGUGGAGGGACAGGCAUAUAGGGACAAGCGCUGAGGCCUCAGCUGGGUACAUACCACCCUGUGGGUCCAUGUCCAUACACCUGCGCCCGUGCCAGGUGUCUGUGUGUGCCCGUGCUUGCAGGGCUGGCACAGGUGGCUCUGGGCAGCGUGCACUCCGUGAGUGUCAGGAGCUGGCAGGGCUGCACUCUUGUGUCCGCACACAUGUGUUACCCCAGGUUUAUGCAGAUGUCCGUGCACCCCGUCUGUGUGCACAUCAUGUCACCCACCCCAUGACUCAUGGCCGUUGCCACAGACGCGUGCUUGUGUGCACGUGUGCACCUGUGUUUGAGGACCGUGCCCACAGGCCUGUGGGUAAACAUGUGCCGUGUCCAUGCGAGAUAGACGUAUGUGCAUGUCCCCCUGCGUGACGUGGGGCCCACAUGGAAGAUGGGUGCUCUGUGUCUGUGUAUACCCGAAUUGAGGUGCCCAGCACUGUGGGCUCUCCCCAUCUUGUCCUCCCCACCCUAAUCCAGCCCACAUGAGAUUUCUCAGCUGAGCAGCAAGGCUUAGAAUGAAGAGCUCUGAAUGGAGCGGGAGGCAGCUUCCACGCCCCGCCCCUACACCGGCCAGGGUAGGUUCUUUCAGCCUCCCCUCUCCCCAGUGUCCACUGCAGGCCUGCUUAGCGGCCUUCUGCCCACACCUCCCUGGUCAAGCAAAAAUCACACACAGAGCACAGAGCAUUAAAUUCAGACUGACAAGCUUCAGGGGCUGCAGGCCUCAGAACAGUUCAGCCCAACCCCACUGCAUAGACUGAGGCUCACCUGUCUUAGGCCACACAAACGCGUGACAGCAGCUCAUUGGCAGGCCUUUAGGGCAGGGGCUGGAGAAGAUGACCCCUCCCGCCCCUCCCAAGUCAAGAGCCUCUGAGUGGUGGCCCCACCCUGGAGACAGCAUGUCCAGUGGAAGAGCCAGGUAUCUCUGGAGCCAGACGGACCUGGAUUCAAUCCCAGCUCCCCACCUUACUCACACUGACCUUAGGCAAGCAUCCUGGCCUCUGUGCCUGCCUUCUCAGCUAUAGAACAGGGAGGAUAGUGCAUCCACCGCAUGGGAGCGUUGUAGAGCCGAAGCGAAGCAAGCUGAAAUGAGCACUUACUAAGUGCCCAGUAAAUGCUGGUGCCCUUCUUUGGGUUUCUUGAGUCUGGUUCGGGGAUGCAGCUGAAAGGGUGGGGCUGAGCCGGUCCUUCUACCAGGAGGGGACCAGCCCCUGAGGGCAAGGGCUGAGCUGCUCCUACCCUACCCCUCUCCUUCCCCCACAUUCUGCCCCACAGCCCAGCCCUGGUGAUGGACCUGUGCCUCUCCCCUCAGCUGCCUGUCUCCCCAGGGUGUCAGCCCCGUGCCUGUCUCCCCAGCUGCCCUGGGCCCCCUGGGUAUGCCAGGCCCAGGGUGCCUCCCAAGCCCUCACCCCACCUCAACCACCAGCUCCCCCAUUUGGAAAAGUUGGGAGCUCCAAGCAGGCCCCACCGACGGGACACUGUGAGCGGGGACCCUGGGCAGGCGGGGUGGGGCCUGGGAACUGGGAAGCAUGAGCAGGCACGGCCCCUGCUGCCUCCAGCACUGACCCUUUCCCACCCACUCACAGGAUAUGAGGCCCUGGCUGAGGCCUCAUGCCCCACAGCGCUGCCACAGCAGCCAUCUGAACCUGUGGUGUCCAGCGGCCCCGAGGACUGUG